GACGCUUGAAAGUAAUGAUACUUCUGAUCGUUCAAGGGCGGCGCGUUUGAAUGAUCCGCCGUCCGAAAAUGACCAUCAUGAACAAGAGGAAAAUCCAGUUCAAUCAAGUGUCUUACAUUCAGAUAGGGAUCAUACAAAUCUUGUCGCAAACAAAGAAUCAAAUUCAGCACCGAUAACUUAUAAUAAACUACCACAAUUUAAAAUUACUACCAGACCCCCUUUCCCACCGACCAUUGAUCCUAAAGAUUUAGUUAAUGACCUAUUUAAAAGAAAGUCACAGCCACCAAAAAUGCUGAAUGAAUUUUUUAUCUAUCGUAAAGCCUUUGUUCAAGAACUCAAAAAACAAAGGCUGCGAGUAAAAAUGACGCUGGUGUCAUCUCAAGCGUCUAUUUAUUGGCAUCAAGAAACUUCACAAGUUAAAGAAGAAAGAAUGUAUAUGCAGGAAUAUAAAAAAAGACAACAACAAAUUUCAAAUCUUGCGGUAAAUUCAGCAAACACCUUUAAUACUUCGAUUUCUUCUGCAAUUUCCUCUACCUCUGCGACUUCUGCCUCGACCGCCCCUGCAUCAGACUCUAAGGAUGCUAAAUCUACUUUGGAAAUCAAUCCAUCAACUGCUAUGUUCAAUAAUACACUUGUGUCGACCGCGUCUGUCCAUCAUUUUUCAAAUGAUAACUACAUUUCAUAUGAUCCUUCAUUCGGGGCGAUCAACUUCGAUUACUCUCUAGGAAUAUCUGUUGAUAAUAUUUUAACACCUAUUGUACCUUCUCAAAGGGACCUGCCCGAUCCGACAGCGCCCACAACUCGGGAAACACAAGAACAAUAA